AUCUAUUCUUUUUCUCUUUCUUGUUCCGGAAAAGGUCCAAUAAUAUCCCUAAACUAUGGUAUAUAGCUCACUUUUGUCCUCCGUUAGUAAAGUGGGCCAAAAAUAUCCUCCCGUUAGUAAAAUGGGCCACUAAUGCCUUCAACCUAACGGCACUCCACACAAGCCUUCAUAUCAGCAUUUUAUAGCUUAUAUGGCAUCCACAUAAGUUAUUCUCUCAUCUUAUUUUCCCUCUUCUUAUACCGAUAUUCACCCAUUCCCAAAACCCUUAUUGUCAUUAUUCCCAAAUUUUAAAAAUCUCCAUUUUUCCUUCAAAAUUUCUGCUCAAAUCUCCAAAUUUUUGCUCAAAUUUCUGCUCAAUGUCUGAUUUAUCUGUGAAUGCGCAUGAAAUUCAAUAUGCAAGAAGAUGUCAUUGCGGAUUGAUUGCGCUAUAUUUGACAACUUGGUCAGACGCCAAUGCUGGGAGAAGGUUCUACAAAUGUCCAAGAUCCAAGGUUAGUUCUUACUGGUAUUUUGAAUGGAUUGACGAAGAGCUCCUUCGUCAAGCUGUGAUGGUGAUCAAAGAUUUAAAAACUAAACUUGAUGCUGCUAAGCUUGAGAGGAACAAUUUGAGGAAUAAAGUUUACCUCAUGGAACAAGCUACGACGGUUCAAAGGGGCUCUAAGAACUUGUUUGAUGAAAUGGAAGAUGUUAUGACGGUUGAAAGGCAUACUUUGAAGAUGAAACUUGACGAAAUUGAGCAAUUUCAAGUUGUGGAAGCUGAAAAAGCUAGUAAUUUAGAGGUCAAAUUGAAGAAGAUGAGAAAUAUCAUUUUGGUUUCAUGGGCUUUAUUAUUUGCUUUGGUUGUCGUAGGGAUGAUGAAGUGAAUGUAUGUUGUUUAAAUAUGUUGGUGUAGUAUUUUGGUUUAGUUAUAGGGAUGAUGAAGUUAAUGUAUGUUGAUUUAGUAUGUUGUAGUAUAUUGGUUUAGUAUGUUUGUUUAGUAUGUUGUAGUAUUUUGGUUAAAUCAUUCCUCGUGUUUCAUAAUGAAGAUUAUGCUAUUUUAAAACAACAGCACUGUUGUGCAACGACCACUGCUGUGCAAACUAAGUUCUUUUCUGUUAGUCAUUAGUCGAUUUAUUUACCUGCAGGCUGUCCAUUUAGAAAGGCACAAGGUGUGUGUUGCAUUAAAUCCCAGCAAAUGCAUGUGCAGUAUUAUAUUUUAUGAGUAUACUUAAAUAUGGGAAUCGAUUCCAGUGGAUAUCUAUUUUGUCUCAUUAUAAAUACAUAAAUAUCUCAAUAAAGUGAACUUGAUUGAUUAACUUGUCCAGCAAAAACUUGUAUAAUAUAUGUUUUAUCCGAUUAGUUUAUGUUUAAUUAAGUAGUUCAAAGCAUUCACAAUAUAUUUUCACAUACUAAAAUAGAGAGUAUUCACAAUCUGCUGUGCAAAAUAUCACCAAACACCACUGAUGUCUAAACAUGUAUACUGCUGCUAGAGUACCAGACCCACAUACAAACACUAUACACUAGAAGACAUGACCAGAAAUACUAGAACAUGACAAAACCCUAGAAAAUUACAACAAAAAAUUGAAUAAUCCCUUUAUUCGAGACAUAGACCCAAUAAAUAG